AUGAAGAAUUGCUGUCACUUACACCUUAAAGUAAUAGUGACAAUUUAUUUUAUUGCAUUACUAAUAACUGCUGCCACAUUUCACCUUUAUCCUCCGACACUUGAUAGUUGCAUCGCUGGUUGCUUGAUACCGGCUGGAAAUAGUACUAUAUGGUUGCCAUACAGUUAUCCACCGUGUAUUCAUCCUGGUCAACCAGUACUACGUUGGUCCAAUACGGUAACCUGUAACAGACCAAAUUUUCUGACUUCACGAAGUGUUUCACUGGAUUCUUCAUCUGGUGUGCUAUUUGCUGAAGAACGCGUGUGCUUCUACGUAGAACCAUGGCACGUGGCAUAUUCAUAUGAUUGUUCUGGUAACAGCAUACCACAGCAAGGCAUUCUUUUCCUGGAUCAUAAAAAAUAUGCCACAAAAAGGCGAUCAAAGCGAUGGAUGCGAAGGAGAAAUCCAACGGUACCACGGAUACACUUCCAGCAAGAGCGAUACAUUACUGAAAUUCCGGAAGAUACACCAAUCAAUUCACUGAUUAUUCAAUUACAUGCCACUCAUAUUACUAAUGAAUCAAUGUAUUAUGCUAUGGUAGCACCUGAAGAUUCUCGUUCAGCUAAUAUUUUUACCUUAGAUACAGUUUCCGGAGAUAUAAGAGUGGGAAAGGCGCUGGAUCGAGAGAUGUUGGAUCGGCAUGUGUUGAAAGUAACAGCUUAUGAGCGCUUGGAUCCGGCUGUAUCAGCAAGUAGUUCGGUAAUUGUGGAAAUCCUAGAUGUCCAAGAUAAUGCACCAAUUUUCGAACGCAAUUCCUAUUAUGCUGAAAUUCGAGAGGAUGCACCUAUUGGGACAACGCUAGCAUCAGUUUUUGCCCGUGAUUUAGAUAUCGGUUUGAACGGGGAGAUUACUUAUUCACUCGGUGAGGAAGAUGGUACUGAACUACUUCAAAUUCAUAGCUCAACAGGGGUUAUUCAAACGGCACAGCAUCUGGAUCGGGAAUCAAUGAAUAUUAUCCGAGUAUAUGUAUAUGCAACUGAUAAAGGAGUACCGCCGAUGACGUCAAGAGCUCUUCUGGAGAUUAUUCUUCUUGACGUUAAUGACAAUGCCCCCAUUUUUGAACAGGAAUUUUGCAAUGUCACAAUAAUGGAAAAUAUAACCAUACCAUCCAAUAUUUUGCAAAUUAAAGCAGUUGAUAGCGAUUCUGGACAAAACGGAAAAGUGCAUUAUAGCAUUGUGGCAUCUAGCAUAAAUGGAUUUUCCAUAGAUUAUGAAAGCGGUUGGAUAAAAUUAAAUCAAAAACUGGAUUCACGAUCCAAUCCUGCAACACUUUUAGUGAGAGCCAAGGAUUCAGGCCAGCCUGCUCAAUCUUCAACGAUUAAUUGUGCUGUGCACAUCGUUGAUAUUAAUGAUCACAAGCCACGUUUUGUUGCAUCACAACAAGAGUUAUUUGUGGAAGAAAAUGUACCAGUCGGGUUUGAAAUAACACGGAUUUUUGCAAUCGAUGAAGAUAAUGGUAUGAAUGGUCAAAUUACAUAUACAUUAGAAGGAGAAGAUAAUGAAAAUGAAACAUUUUGCAUUGAUCGAACAACGGGAAUUAUUACAACUAUAAGUAAGCUUGAUCGAGAGGAAAAGGAAAAAUAUAUAAUUAAGGUGAAAGCAGAAGAUGCCGGAAAACCAGCACUAUCUGAUAGCCUACAGAUAACAAUAAUAGUUCUUGAUAUCAAUGAUAAUGCGCCGUAUUUUGAACAUAACUUUUACAAUAUUUCUGUACCUGAAAAUGAAGUACGUGGAACGCCACUAAUCAGUGUAAAAGCUAUCGAUCGUGAUAAUGACGAUAAAAUAGUAUAUCGUAUUGAAAGAGCCGAGAAGAACAUUUUUUCACUUAUUCACUCAGCUGAUCAGGGUGCCAUAUUAUCAUUGUCGGGUGAAAUUGAUCGUUUGGAUGAUACGCUACGUGUAAUAAUAACAGCAACUGAUAAGGGUGGUUUAACAGGUACUUGUACAGUAACUAUUACUGUUACUGAUGUUAAUACUGCACCGGUAUUCCUUACUCAUCUAUUCACAGUACAUAUACCAGAAAAUAUCCCGAUCGGUUCAGAAGUGAUACAGCUGAAAGCGGAAGAUCAGGACCGGGAUGAUAAUGCUAAACUUACCUAUUCCAUUGAUAGUAAAGAAUUCAAUAUUGAUGCAGAAACUGGUUUAAUAAUGAUAGCGGAAGCGGUAGAUCGUGAAGAUCGCGGUAGCUAUUUGCUUAAUGUUACUGUCACCGAUCAUGGAAGUAAUCCACUCAGUGCAAGCACAUUUCUCGAAAUUAUUCUAGAUGAUGUAAAUGACAAUGCUCCGGAAUUCACGUCUGAAAAUUACACGGUUGCAAUAGCGGAAGAUACGCCAACUGGAACAUCAUUCACUCAAAUCACAGCUGUUGAUGUAGAUGAGGGAGAUAACGCAAUUAUUGAUUAUUACCUGAUUGAAAAGAACGGAAACGGUGACACCUUUAAAUUGGAUAAAUCAUCUGGAACAUUACGAGUAAUUAGUAAGCUGGAUCGUGAAAUGAUCGCCAGGUAUCAACUACUAGUGAAAGCACAGGAUCGCGGUGAUCCACCAUUAUCAUCGUUUUCCACGGUAUCAGUAGUUAUCAUUGAUGUGAACGAUAACGCACCACAAUUUGAAUCACUUCGGUAUGACUUAUGGAUCGCAGAGAAUAGCCCCAUAGGUACCACAGUCGGUACCAUUAUUGCGCGUGAUCAAGAUGAAGGUGACAACGCCCUCAUACAAUUUCGAAUAUUCGGUGGCAUUGAUGCGAAACUUUUCGAUAUUGAAACGGAUUCAAGUCAAAACGGUGUGGCACAUAUACUUUCGCGGACUAUUUUUGAUUAUGAAGCCAAAAAGAACCAUUUUUUUCUCGAAAUUCAAGCAAGCAGUGGCCAGCUAAGUUCUAUUGUACCCGUUUAUGUUCACGUCAGCGAUGUUAACGAUAACAAACCUCAACUUCGUGACUUCACUAUUCUUUAUGCAAAUCAUGUUGAUGAACCUAUGGAACGUGAGAUAGGAUAUGUCCCAGCUUUUGAUCCAGACCAUAAUGCAACUUUGGAGUAUAGCAUUCAAACAAACGAUAUUUUAAUGGUGGAUCAAUAUAAAGGCUCCAUCAUGCCGAAAAAUAUUUGGAAACGAUAUACAAAUGUUGUUUAUAAGAUCUGUGUUUCCGAUGGUCCGAAUAAUGUUUGUGCCAAAUGUCGUUUCAUUUACAUACCCGUAGAUGAUGCUAUUAUCCAAGAUACGGUUACUGUUGGAUUUUCUGGUAUUCGUUAUGAGGAAUUUUUGGAUAACGGUAUUUUCGAACGAUUUACAAGUGCUAUAUCACUUUUGGAUGAUUGGCAUAGAGAUGAUAUUUGGGUAUUUAAUGUUCACACUCAUAAUAAAUGUACGAAUGUAUCAUUCGUUGUUCAUCACGCACAAACCAUUCAAAGAUCGGAGCAUGUGGAAGGAUUAAUUAGAAAUGGGCUUUCCAAGCUAAGUGACAUAAUUGGUAUGAGAUUAAUGAUACACAGAGAUGCUACGUGUUCUAAUGAACCGUGUCCAUACUUUCAACAAUGUAGAAAUAUUCAAAAAUACGUCAAAACCACGCAGAAUUUUAAAACGGACAAUUUUUUGAUGCAUUCUUUGGACACUGUGAACUCCUUUCAAUGUCAAUGCCCAGUCGGAUUUGGAAGUAGCGAUGGCAUUGAACAAUCUUGUAAUCAUCAUCUCGAUAUGUGCUUCACGUCACCAUGCCAACAUCAAGGUACCUGUGUACCGUUAGAAAAUGGAUAUCGUUGCGAUUGUCCACCACAAUGGAUAGGAGAAAAUUGCGAAAAGUCGAUUUACGUCGACAAUUGUUUGCCUAAUUCGUGCUUCUCGAAUUCCGUCUGCAAAUUAGUAAAUCGAACAGCGAAAUGUAUGCAGUGUCGUUGGCAUUUGCAUGAUACGGAUUCGCAAUGUAGACUGCGUUCGGUUUCAUUUGGAGAAAAUGGUGGUUACAUCGUUCUACCCCUUCAGAUCACUCGAAUGCAGUGGGAAUUGCGGUUUAGCAUAGCAACAGUGGCAUCGAAUGGGGUGCUGCUUUUUGCGGGAAAUUUAUCAUCCGAUUUUCUGGAAGUGUCAUUGGAGGAUGCACUUGUUCGGGGACGAUUCUCUCUCGGUCAUGACAUAUAUGAGGUUACAAUGGAUGAUUGGCCGGAAAACAGAGUAAGCGAUGGGAAAUGGCACCAAAUAACGCUCGAUUACUAUGAUUAUAAAUUGAUCAUAUCACUGGAUGACUGUGAUGCUCAUAUUGCGAUGAAGUAUAGCAAUAUCACCGGCUACCAGAAAUGUGCUGCUGAAGUUAUCGCAAAAUUACCAAAAAAAUGUGAAGACCCAGCCGUAAGCUGUUAUCGAUUCCUCGACCUUCCGGCUGCUAUAAACCUCGGUGGUCGAGCAGUAACUAUUGCCGAACAGAAUUAUAUCAACGCAAUCGAUGGUGACCAAUAUGGUUCAGCAAGAAUUCAGGAACCAUUCAUUGGAUGCAUCUCAAAUUUAACCUUUGAUGGAACACUUGUCGAUUUUUCGAAAUUUGAGGAAUUUGAAAGAGUUGGGGACUUACAACAUGGUUGUAAACAAAAAAGAAAUGAUUGCCGCAAUAACCCAUGUCAUCAUACUGCAAUUUGUGAGCCGGCAUGGGAUGGAUAUCAUUGUCGUUGUAAGCAAACAGCUCAUACCAAUGGGCCUUGUAUCGAUGACGAAGAUUCAUUUGUUUCACUUUAUGACGAAGAAUCGUUCGUUUUCUGGAAUAUACCAGAUAAUAUGAAAUUCUACAAUUUAUCAUUCGAAUUUCGGACGCGUUCACGUGAAACACAAGUUAUUGCAGCUGAAUUUUUUAAAAGAUCGCAAUUCAUUAUUUUCUCGGUAAGUCACGGUAAAGGACUGAUAAACAUUGGUUCCGAACAGUAUUUUUUAUCGUUCCCAAAUUUUGCCGAUGGCAAUUUGAAAAGCUUCUCAAUUGUUGUCGAAAAAUAUGCUACGGUCAUUGUCGUCGAUCACUUAUAUAAAAAGCUUAUCACAAUGCCAAAUAAUAGCUUAUAUCGUGACAUACGCAAAAUUUAUUCGGGAUUAGCUCCAUCAACUAGUUAUCCACAACGAUUUGAAGGAUGCCUCCGAAAUGUUAAAAUCAAUAAUCUACGAUUAAAAUUGGCUGAAAAUAUGAUGACAAAGCCUGGUUGUCAAGUACCAAAUGGGUGCAAUUUGCCGAAAGCCUGUCCACCUGACAGUAUUUGUGUUCGAGAAUGGGACCGACAUCGUUGCGAAUGCAAGCCGGGUUUCAUUGGUGAUGGAUGCGUGAAUAUUUGUUCAUUACCAAAUAUAUGUGGUAAAGAAGGUGUAUGUCAAACAAAAAAUAAUUCAAGAGGAUACGAAUGCAUCUGCAGUGGGCAAUUAAGUGGACGGAAUUGUGAGCGCAAAACAGCGUUACAAAUAUGUCCAAAAGGAUGGUAUGGUACUUUCCCGAAAUGUAGACAAUGCUCUUGUGAUACCGGAAGAGGUUUCUUGGAACAAUGUAAUACUAAAACGGGCGAAUGUUAUUGCAAGAGUGGCGCUUAUUAUUCGGGAGAUGAAUGCAUAUCGUGUGAAUGCGGUUAUGGUUCCUCAGACUUAACUUGUACUUCCAAAGGUCAAUGUCAAUGUAUUGGUGAAGCAAUCGGUCGUCGGUGUGAUCGGUGUCCUGGUUUAGAUCAAGUUUUAGACCGGAAAACUUUAAAAUGUUUGAAAAUUAAGAACAGAUGUCCAUCAAAUAUCGAGUAUGGUAUCCAAUGGCCAACGACCAUUGCUGGAGCAACUGCAAGACAAAGUUGUCCAAAUGGUGAAGUGGGUUUAGUUUUGAGGAAAUGUCUGAGGAAUGCUUACUGGGAUCAAAUCAACAAUUACAACUGUACUCUUCCUGCCUUCACUAAGUUAGAUUUGACUGAUCGAAUGAAGCUUGUACAAAGUUUAUCAAAUGUAACAAGCAGCGUGCUGCAAUUGAAAGGUGUCAAUAUUGCUAUUGCGAGAAAAAUGCUGAAACAAUUAAUCAGAGAAGAACUUACUGGAAAUGAUCCUCCGAAUAGCCAUUUGAAGUCAGCAGAAUAUACCAAUUGCUUACUGAAAGUGGCAGACAGUUUACUGAAAAUAAAUGAUUAUCCAAAUAAUGCUCAAUUAAUUCGCCUCUUCAAUGAUUAUGGUAUCCAUGUAGCGAAGGUUCAUCAAAUUCAUUCAUAUCUCAAACCAUUUAUGUUCUGCGGGCAAAAUAUGGUCUUCGCAGUGGAUGAGAUGCCUGCUGAUGAAAGUCGAAUAUUGCCAAAGUUCAAGAACUUUGUGGAUGAACGUGCGAAGAAUUUUCGUAGUAUACAGAUGAAGCUUCUAUGUGAGGAUACAGUAACUUAUCCUAAGAAAGUUAUAUUUUACAGUAUGUUCAAUAAUGUAGACCGUUUCCACUACGAAGCACCGAUCGUCGCCGUUUACUACAAUGCCACCUGUGCGAUUCAAAUACUAUUCCCAGUUAGCGAAGAAGCUUGGAAGUAUCCAGAAUGUGUGAUUGUCGAAGAUCCGCCAAAAAAUGGCAAACUAUCCAGGAAUAAGGAUUGGGCCGAUGGAAAUAUAGAAACAGAAAAUAUAUUUCUGGAGUGGUCCGUGCAAAAGACGGCUCUCGUGGGACUUAAUCGGACCCAUGCUAUUUGUAAUUUCGAAAGACCUGGUGUCUACACAAUUAUUAUUCGACCAGAUCAUGGAGCUCUUAUUCGCUUUAUACCUUCAAAAACCAUACCUUACGCCGGAUCAUUGUGCGUAACAUUUGCACUUGUUUUACUUUUACUAUCCGCAGUCCGGAGCCUUUAUCGACCCUGUCUACGCCUAAGACUUAUUCGAUUCGGCUUCAUCCUUAUGUUUGCGCUUGAUGUGAUCGCUAUUUUUUUAGUUCAUCGCCUUCAACCAAGUAUUGUAUUUUGCCUUGCGCGGAAUACAAUUAUAAGCUUAUGUACUUCGGCAGUAUUUGCAUGGCUUUUUAUGUAUUCCUUCCACAUUUAUCGACUCCUGGCGACCGGAAGAGCAGAGUCGAAUUACUGGGUGAUAAUACUAUGUUCAGUGAUUAUUCCAAUGUUGUUAUCACUUGCAUCCUUCUUUUUUGCUCGAGGAUGUUCACUUUCACCAAACCAACCUUUCUUCUGGGUUCUUCUGACUCCAGUUGUAUUGUAUAUCUUGUUCGACUUUUACGCGUUUUGGACGGCCCUUUUGAUAUCUUUUAGUAAGCAGUUCGAUUAUAUGGUCACCGAAUAUUCCAUUCGAACAACACUUUGGUUGCAUAUUAUUCUGUCCAUAUUAUGCGCAUUUUAUAAUUCUUUUGGUCUUUAUAUACUGUUCGAUCAUGCUGACAAUCCACUCUAUGAAAUUGCGCUCAAUUCAACAUUGGUCUUUGUUGCCACGUAUAUUUUCCUAUGGACAAAUUAUUUUGGUCCUAAGCGAAAUAUUCGUUAUGAUAAUGGUUUAUGGACGAAUAAUUUGCCAAAAAGUAGAGAAGAAGUUUUGGAUGCUCAAUGCCAAACUCCGCUCCUGUUACAGUCAUCAAAUACAGAUGCGGAAAUAAGUGGAAACUGUGUUAAUGGAUGGAUGCCUGAUAUCAUACCUUCAACAACAUAUGUUCAUCAGGAAUCGAUCCAUGGUGUACCACAUCCGAAAAUUUUAAGUCCACCGAUGAAAAUACUCCACCAUGAGGCAUAUACUAGUGAAGACGGAAUUGCUUUACUUUAUCAGGAUAACGCUCAAACUAGUAACAUCGAUCAUAUUUAUGGUACCUAUUCUAGUAAACAUCAUUAUCCAUCUUUUACAUUUACUCGUUAA